GGGCGGAGUCUGCUCACAAGACACGGGACCAAACAAGCCAAGCUAGCUCGUCAGAAAGCAAAGACGACCAAAAGUAAUAAUUUAAAAGAAAAAACAGAUUCAGAAAGCUUCAAAGUUGUUCACUCAUCCAUCUACCCGAGCUAAGCAGUUGUGCAGUUCAAGUUUUUAGAAACCCACCAAUCGGAACUCGUUAUAAGUAUACAGAUUUUGAAAAACUAUCUCGUCUCUGCUUGAGAAACGAAACAACGGUCCGUGUUUCCGCCUGUCUAUCUUUGUUGUAAUAAUACUAGUUACUUCGCCUAACAGCAACGUCAUGAUUUCCAAGAGUCUGAUGGUCAGUAUGUCCGUCUACGUGUUAGUGGCUCUCCUGGCGGCCAUGCAUGGGUCAACUCCCGCCUCCGCUAUGCCCCUGGAGGACGACAACACAGACAUCGACGACAAG